AAUAACAUACAGCACAAUCCACAAUUAGAGAAGAUGAUGAUGCUGUUAACCACAACAUGUGCCGAUGUUUACUAAGCAAAAGAAGAAAACUGGACGCACCGUUAUCAUCGAUGACUAUAAAUAUGAUGGUGUCUUCUACCUAAGUGUCCAAAAAAUACAGGCAUUGUUAUCAACGAGAUGACAUGUUAUACAAAUAGUGACCGUCUAUAUAUACAGUGACAUACAUAGAGCACGUACCAUCUCCAUAUACAGGCUACUUCCUUCUUUGCAGCUUCAGAAGUCAGAAAACAAAAGGAUAAUACGCUGAUAGAUGGAGGCAAUCAAGAUUGGUUUAACACCCGAAACAUGGCCCGGUGUGGUUGGCUUCCCGGUUUUAGAUGCAGUUAAUAUUAUCCGUCAAGAGAGGCCAGAUAUAACAGAAGUUCGAGUACUCCCUCCAAAUGAGGCCCCAUCACCACUCGUGGAAGGCACUGUACGUGUUUGUAUCUACAACGACAUCGUCAAUGGUCAGGCCGUUGUGGUUAGACCAGAGCCAUAUAUUGGCUAGUUUGUGCUGCAAUGUUUAGCCUUAAACUUUAUCAUGCCUUGAUGUGUUACAGGCAAAUUUAAAUUGAAUAAUGCGAGUGAGUGUGAUAUCUGAAGUUCCUUCCAUAGCUGGUUUAAAAUAUGUAGGUGUGUGUGCUGGUUGUACUUGUAUUUCAGUGAUUAUGCUAAUCAAUAUAUGUCCCAUGUUUAUUAUA